GUUGAUCAUUGAGGAUGCGUUGGACCAGAGCAGGCAGCUCACCAAGCUGAGCAUGUCGCACAACCCCUUGGGCGUAAUGGGCCUGCGAUGCCUGCUGCGGCUGCUUGCAAGACCGCACUCCGGCUUGAUUGCCUUCGAAAUCGAGAACUGCUUCAAAGGAGAGCUCCUGGCCUCCGUGGAAGGGAUACAGGUCUUUACCUACACGAACCCCGGUGGGCACUAUUGCUUGGACCUGGAGAG